AUGGGUGGCUAUCGUAUGCCUCCACCGCCAGCUAUGCCCGAAGAGAUGGUGGCCGUUAUGGAGCUUGCAUGGAAUCAUGAUCCGGAGAAGCGGCCUGAUGCUACUGCUCUUCGAAAGCUGCUAGAAGAAGUGAACAGGAAAUACGGCGGUGACGAAGAAAGGUCCAAGUCGACAUCCAUCCUGAAAAGCCGUGCUUAA